GGAGGUGCUGCAGAUCGACCAGUUCCUGAAGGAGACGGCUGCCCGCGAGGCUAACGCCAAGGUCCGCCUCCAGCACUUCAUCGAGGAGCUGCUGGACCGGGCGGACCGGGCCGAGAAGCAGCUCCAGAUCAUCAGCAGCAGCUGCGGCACCACCCCAAACGGCAGCUUGGGACGCUGCGGCACGCCAGGGGCCAAGGCCAUCGGUCGACUGAGAGAUCGGCAUCCGGGGCCAGUGGCAGCCAUCCACGGUCCCUACGGUGUGUCCAACCAGCGCUCCUCCUCCAGCACCGGUGCUUCGAGCAGGGCGAAAGCCGUGUCACAGAGCUCGGGCUGCUACGACAGCGACAGCGCAGAGCCGUGUCCCACCGACGACACCGCCGACGGGCAUCCCUACGCGGCACGGGACGGCGCCCGGGGCUCGGGGCUGCGUCGGCAAGCCAUCCAAAACUGGCACCGCCGGCCUUACCGCAACAGCACUGAGGGCGAGGAGGGCGACGUCUCCGACGUGGGGUCCCGCACCACCGAGUCAGAGGCUGAGGGCUGGGAGCCGGACGCACCCGGAUCUGCUGCAUCCCGACCUGGUGGCAGCUGCCGGCUGACGGCCAGGACCGAGGGGGCCGGGGUCAAGGCAGGUCGGCUGGAGAGGGGCAGUCCGGGCCACUCCAGCGAGGUGAUCAGCCCCGAGAUCCUCAAGAUGCGGGCGGCUCUUUUCUGCAUCUUCACCUACCUGGACACCAAGACCCUGCUGCGGGCAGCCGAGGUGUGCAAGGACUGGAAGUUCGUGGCUCGGCACCCGGCCGUGUGGACGCGGGUGCUGCUGGAGAACGCCAGGGUGUCCUCCAAGUUCCUGGCCAUGCUGUCUCAGUGGUGCACCCAGAUGCACUCCCUCACCCUCCAAAACCUCAAGCCACGCCAGCGGGGGAAGAAGGAGAGCAAGGAGGACUACAUGAAGAGCACGAGGGGCUGCCUGGAGGCUGGGCUGGAGUCGCUGCUGAAGGCGACGGGCAGCAACCUGCUCAUCCUCCGCAUCUCGCACUGCCCCAACGUGCUGACCGACCGCUCGCUCUGGCUGGCCAGCUGCUACUGCCGGGCCCUGCAGGCUGUCACGUACCGGUAA